AUGCCGCCAGACCCAGAUCCCCCCUUCCGCGUUCCCCCUUCCGCAUUCCCCAUUCCGCAGUCCCCCUUCUGCGUUCCGCUCUCCGCGUUCCCCCGCAAGCAUUCCCCCUUCCGCGUUCCCCUUUCCGCAUCCCCCCUUCCGCAUUCCCCCUUCCGCAUUCCCCCUUCCGCAUUCCCCCUUCCGCAUUCCCCCUUCCGCAUUCCCCUUUCCGCAUUCCCCCUUCCGCAGUCCCCCUUCCCCAUUCCCCCUUCCGCGUUCCCCCUUCCGGAUUCCCCCUUCCGUGUUCCCCCUUCCGUGUUCCCCCUUCUGCAUUCCCCCUUCCGCGUUCCCCCUUCCGCAUCCCCCCCUCCCUCGUGCUUACCGCCUAAUAGCCCCAUAUUCCCCCCAUGCUAG